AUGGGGAGAGGCAGCACAGACGAGCGUCGGGAGCUGUUGGCCCUCCUGCAGGCGCUCAAAGAGGUGGAGGAGCAGCAGCAGGCGCAGCAGGCGGAGCAGUUUUCACAGCAACCCGGGCUGAGCCCGAAGCAGAAGCAGAACAAGCGGCAGAAGGGGCAGAAAGGACAGAGGACAGUGAGUGAAAAGCAGCAACAGGAGCAGCAGCAGCAGAUGGAAGGAGGGCAGGAGGAGCAGUGGCUCUCAGCUUUCUCGGCUCUUCCAGAGGCCGGAACUGCCUCGUUCGAGCAGCGGAGCCCAACCAUGGGCAGCGGAGCAGCAGGCAUGGGGGCGUCUAUCCUGGGCCCUGGCAUGGGUGCGAUGGUGCCGGACUCGCCGGUCUUGCAGUACAGGCGGAGUGAUGCGCUGCAAGCCAUGUCCACCAGGGAGGCAGGUGCAGUGGGCGGUGUCGAGGAUUCAGCAGCAGCGCCAGUGGAGGCAGCAGCAACUCACGGCUCUUGGCCUCGCCUCCACAUGCACUUUCAGGACAAGGACCAUCAGCAGCAGCAACAACAGCAGAGGAAGCAGAGGCGUGAGCCGGCGUGUGAGCAGCAGUUGUCUUACGUGGCCAUCAGACAGCCUUGUCGAGGGAGCGCAGGCUCGGCAGGCAUAGGCGUGGGCGAUGAUGCAAUGGAUGGGCAAGUGAGCGGAUCAAACAGCACAGGCGGCAUGGGCGGCACGGGCGACGUGGAGGGUACGGACGGCCAGUGGCAUUGUGACGACGACUUUGGUCUAGACGCGUGUUUUCAGCUGCCUGUGUGCAACACAGAUGCUGAGGAGAAUCAGUGCGGGGGCGCAGACGGGUGGUGCGCACGAGAAGAGCGCGGGGAGAGGAGACACGAGAGUGGGGAGAGACACGAGAGCGAGGGCAACGGCCACGAACACAAUGUGCACGAUGAGUGUGGUACGGAAGACGAGUGGUUGCCCCGGAGCCAGGGCAUUCGGAGUGGUUUGGCGCCGAACCAGAGGAUCAAGCGCCGCAGCAUGGCGGAGCGGCGGAGGAGGGAGAGGAUCAGCGAGAAGCUGCAGAGGCUGAGGGCGAAGGUGAGGGGGCGAGAGGACACAUGCGCGAUGCUGGACAGAGCAGUGGGGUAUGUAGAUGCACUAGAGCGGAGAGUGAUGGAGUUAGAGAGGGUUGUCAUGACGGCUGCUGGGUCUGGGAGGAACGUUUUCCCCGGCAAUGCGUUUGCCGGUGGUGGUGCUUUUCCCCGUCGCGGUUUUGGUGGUAACGUUUUUUUGAAUAACGCCGCGGCGCUGGCGACGAUACCGGCUGCGUUAACAUCCGCCCGGACUGGCCUUGGGAGUGACGCUGUUGCCGACUGGCCUUGGGAGUGA